AUCCCAAUUCUCGCUAUGCCAAGUUGAUUUUUCUUAGGUGGGCGGCAUCUCACUCGGUGAAUUGAACCAAUUGGAAUUGGAGUUUUUAUUUUUGUGCAACUUUGAGUUGCAUGUUCGUUUAGAAGAUUUGCAAGCCUAUGGCAAUCAAUUGUUAACGCACGCCAUGUCACAACAACCAUCAUUGCUUACCUCUGAUAUUCCGAUCCCUACUCAAUCCGUAGCCCCGGUUCGAUCAUUCUCUUCCGAAGGCAACCCCGCUCGAUCAAGUCAGCAUCAAAUCCAUCCCCUCACGCCACCUUAUGAUCCUCCCACUUGCACAAAUGAUACCCAGCCUUUGAUCCGACCAACUUGCAAAAAGUUCCGACGAAUCCGAUCCCAUCCAUAUGCACGACAUAAGCCAUUAGGCGUACUGCUUUCGCCGAAAGAAUGAAAAUCCAUAUCCGCGGAAGCGUACUUUUUUCUUUUCUCGUCUCUUUUCUUCCAUCCUUGUACCAUAGUUUUCUGUAUAGAACAUCUGCUUGAUGUUACUCGUUUUAUCACCCUAUUUCAAUUGGCAUAUUUCGAUAAACAGAACGAACCGCGUGGCCUGGUCUGUAGCACGUGGUUUCGGUCUUCUUCCAUUACGAUUUUUUUUUUUUAAUUUCGAUUGCCUGAGCUCAGGGCAUGGGAUCCGGAUCGAACGGUAGCAUAUUUGAUUUUGUACACUUGAUCAACCGAGGGAUCCUUGUAGUUGCAAGGUAUGACCCACGCCAACAAACUAUGUCUUGUGCCCGAAAUGCGUAUGAUUUUUUUUUCUUUGCUGUCACCCACCAACGACAGAAUUCAUUGUGUGGUAUGUUGUCAAAAUAUCUUUUCUUUCACCAAAUAAUAAUAUGAUGAAAAAGGCAUAUGUGCCUUUCCAG